GCUUCACUCAGACCCACAGACUGGAUUAAUUGAGUAAUGUCCAUCCCAGAGGAGGGAAACUAAACUCCUGCAGCUCUCACACCGGUCCUCCUCCUCCUCCUCCUCCUCCUCCUCCUCCUCAGUAGCAGCGAGGUUCAUCUGGAGGAAACUACUAUGAGAGAGUAGCGAGCAAUGCACAGACAAUUCAUGUAGUUAAAUGGCGCCUGUCAAAAGGAAAUUAUACCAGCGGUUGCUGUUCUUUGUCGUGUUUCUUCCAAUCUCAGGUGUUUUAUGCUUUAGCGAGUUAUUUUUCAUCAAGGAGCCCCAUGAUGUCACCGUCAUGCGGAGAGAAGCUGUUAUCUUGGACUGUCAGGCACACGGGGAGUCACCCAUCGACGUCAGGUGGCUCAAGAACGGAGUAAAAGUGGUGGAGAACGAACGGGUGUACCUGCUCUCCAAUGGCUCCCUUUAUAUUUCAGAGGUGGAGAGCAGAAGAGGAGACAAAUCAGAUGAAGGGCUCUAUCAGUGCCUCGCUCAGAACAAGUACGGCGCAAUCUUGAGCCAGAAAGCCCGUCUUACAAUCGCAAGUAUCUCCGCUUUUGCAAUCCAGCCGACGUCCAUAGUGGUGACUGAUGGCUCAGUCGCCAGGUUUUCCUGCAAAAUCAGUGCACACCCUCCUACCAUCAUCACUUGGGAGUUCAAUCGGGUCACAUUACCCCUUGCCACAGAAAGAAUCACAGUCCUGCCCAGUGGUGUUAUUCAGAUUUACGGGGUGCAGCGGGCAGAUGCUGGAAAUUACCGCUGCAUCGCCACAAACAUUGCCAGCCGCCGCCGAAGCACGGAGGCCACCCUCACUGUCACCCCAGCUCCCAGGCCUCAGCUUCCCCAGAGACCACGCAUUAUCUCCGGCCCACAGAACAUCUCAGUGUCGCUGCACCAGAAUGCCAUCCUGGAGUGCAUGGCCACAGGCAAUCCCCGACCCAUCAUCUCCUGGAGCCGAGCUGACAGCAAGUCUAUUGACGUUUACAACACCAAAGUGUUGGGAAACGGCAACCUCAUUAUCACAGACAUCAAGCCCCAGCAUGGAGGAGUCUAUAUGUGCAGAGCCACCACUCCUGGCACGCGGAACUAUACAGUCGCUUCAGCCAAUAUCACUGUGUUAGCUCCACCUUCCUUGGUCGAGUGGCCAGAGAGCCUGACCCGUCCACGUGCAGGCACCGCCCGCUUUGUGUGUCAAGCUGAAGGAGUUCCAACGCCUCAAAUCACUUGGCUCAAGAACGGAGAAAAAGUUCACUCCAAUGGUCGAAUCAAGAUGUACAACAGCAAACUGGUCAUCAACCAGAUCAUCCCUGAGGACGAUGCCAUCUAUCAGUGCCAGGCAGAGAACGAGCUGGGAUCGGUCCUCUCCAUGGCGAGGCUCAUUGUGGUGAUGUCUGAGGAUCGGCCCAGUGCUCCCAGGGAUGUCCGAGCUGACACCGUGUCGAGCUCCGCCAUCCUUCUGGCUUGGGAGAGGCCUCAGUAUAACUCAGAUAAAGUUAUUGCUUACUCAGUGCACUACAUGAAGGCUGAAGGAUUAAACAACGAGGAAUAUCAAGUUGUCAUUGGAAACGAUACAACUCGCUACAUUAUUGAUGACCUGGAGUCGGCUCGCAACUACACCUUCUACGUGGUGGCCUACAUGCCCAUGGGAGCCAGUCGUAUGUCGGACAACGUGUUCCAGCACACGCUCGAGGAUGUUCCGCUCCGUGCCCCUGAGCUCAGCCUCACCAGCCGCAGUCCCGUGGACAUCCAUGUGUCUUGGCAGCCCCUUCCAGACAAGCUGAGUCGGGGCCGAGUCUCCGCCUACCGUUUGUCCUAUCGCACCAGCGCUGAGAAUACAGUCUCACAGAUGGAGCUACCUGGAGACAAAACCCAGCAUCUCCUGGAAAGCCUGCAGCCUGACACCAUCUACCUCCUGCGUAUUGUUGCUGCCACCAGCGUUGGGUGGGGCGAGCAGUCUGCCUGGACAUCCCACCGCACUCCGAAGGCAUCCAGUGCUAGAGUUCCUAUGGCUCCUGAGCUGCAUUUGGAGCCUUUAAACUGCACCACUAUCUUGGCGCGCUGGCAGCUGGCACCCAGGAACUCAGCCAGUGUUCAAGGCUUCAGACUCUUCUACCAGGAGGAGACCCAGUCAGAGAGGGCGCCGAUUGGGCUGCGUGCCUUGGAUAAUACAUACACCAUCGGAGGCCUUGACCCAAGGAAGAAGUACCACGUUAAGCUUCUGGCUUAUAAUUUUGUCGGAGAAGGCUACCAGGCAGACCAGACUGUCAGCACCCCUGGAUGUGUCUCUGUUAGAGAUCGCCUGGUGCCCCCUCCACCUCCUCCACACAACGUGUACACCAAGACGAACAGUUCGACCGCCGUGUUUCUGCACUGGGGUCGACCAGCCUUCACCUCCAGCCAUGCGGUCAACUACACGGUCCGCUGCAACCCGGUGGGCCUGCAGAACGCCUCCCUGGUGCUCUACCUGCAGACGGGUGAGCAAAACCUUCUGGUGAGAGAUCUGGAGCCAAACACCAAGUAUGAAUUUGCCAUUCGCCUUCACAUCGACCAGCUGUCCAGCCCCUGGAGCCCUGUGGUCUAUCAGAGCACUUUCCCUGACGCUCCCACUCUGCCUCCAUCCAAUGUGAAAGUGACUCUGAUUGAAGAGGACACAGCGCUGGUUUCAUGGAAACCCCCAGAUGAACCCAACGUAGCUGUGACCCAUUACACCAUCCUGUACGCCUCCAGAAACGCCUGGAAAGCUGGGGAAUGGCAAGUGCUGCAAAGAGAAGGAACCAUCACCAUGGCACUUCUGGAGAAACUGAAGUCUGGCCAGAUUUACUUUGUGAAAGUCUCUGCUUCCAACAAGAUGGGUGAUGGGCCGUAUUCUCAUACGGUGGAGCUGACGGUCCGAGCAGAUCCCUCCUCUGGUCAUGAUCCCCGGCUCUCUCGUGGCUCCACACACUCCACAGCCUUUUCUGAUGGCUUCUACCACCUGGACCAAAAGUCAAUGACAGGGAUCACUGUGGGAGUCUGCAUCGCUCUAAUCUGCAUCAUCAUCUGCGCUUUCAUCAUCGUCUGCAGAGGCAAAAACAGGAAAUUUUCAGCUGUUAAGACGUACAGAGAGGGAGUGAACACGUCUGCCUCGGCUGCAGGACACCCGGGCUCUGAGGGACAAGCUGAGAACACUGAUGUGAGCGUGCCAAUGCUGAGUCAAAAUAAUUAUAUUGAUGCCAAGGGUGGAACAAAUCUCAUGAUCAAUUCUCUCGGCCCUGUUCAGCCCAGCACUGAGAAGAAAGAGAAAUGGUUUUCCUUCAGCAGUAAUGGGAAAAAGGACAACAAAGCAGUGCAGAAUAUGAGACACAGCACCGUCUCUUACCAGCCCGGUACCACAGUGUUGACCUAUAAAGAGGAGCUGUCGAUGUCUCCGGACCAGCCCACCACCCUGCAGCCCCUGCUCUGGCGUCCCGGUGACUCGGAGGGCUCCUCAAACAGUGAGGGCAGCCACGCCACCGGUGACUCGGGUCGUUACUCUCACGACGAGACAGAGAUGACCAACCUGUCGUCUGGCACCAGCAGCCGCCCUCCGUCUCUGACUGCGGAAGACGGCGGAGGCUCGGACUGCAGCAGCCCCCCCGAAGAGUCAGGAGAGCUGACUGAGGAAAGUCCCACUGACCUGAAGUUAAUGGAGUCCGUCGAAAACGGCUGCUGUCAUCAUGAAGCGCAGAGCAGUUCUAAGUCUGCACUUUCUCUCCAAGUGUGUGUGCCUGAGUGUGUGUGAGACUGUGUGUAUGUGUGUUCCUGAGUGUGUGUGAGACUGUGUGUGUGUGUGUGUGUGUGUGUGUGUGUGUGAGGGUGUGAUGGCAGUGGUACACUUGCAGAAAGCUGAGCAGAUUCUCACUGCAGGUUCAUACCUUUUUGUUUGUUUACACAUAUUCAUCUUUUGGCAGAGACUUGGAUGAGAAGAUUGAUACCACAUUUAGAUUUGAGAGUGGUUUCAAUCUUUCAGUCCUUUAACUAUGUAGCAGAAACAGGAAACAGCUUUGACACUCAGAGCAAACAGGAAACAACAAAGCAUGUCAGAGGAGCCAACUGACGAAAAUUCAUCCACAUAAACUUCCUGCAAUUUUUUUCUGUUGCAAGUGUACCGCAAGCCUGAAUGUAAGUAUGAGAGAGAGGUGUAAAGAAACAAGGAGAGACCUUUUUUUAACCUUCAUCCUCUCUUUUGGUCCAACACACGAUGAACAGAAAGCCGACAAAUGCCUUUAAAAUGUAGGCAGGGAGGGGUCAUUUGAUUUCUUUUACUUCUUUCUUUUUCAUUCAAUGAAUGUCUUUUUUUUUCUUUCUUUCUUUAUUUGUGUGUCUAUGUUUUUGAAAAAAAAAAAAUCUCACCCACCAUGAAUGUUUAAAAGAUUGUCAAAAAUGCGACAAAAAGUGACAUUUCUGACAUUAUUUAAGAGAGUUUAUCACUGGAGCGAAAGGGAAGCUUGAGUCCUUUUCACUAAUUAUCUACCUCGGUUUACCUCCGGGUAAACUUCCACUGUAUAUUUAAUAACUACUUAUACCUACGUUAUGUGACGGGCUGCCUCAGUUCCGUUACGUUUGAUACUUCCUGAUGACUUUUCUUCUGAUUGUCAUCCUUUUUUCUCUUACUUUGUGCUGAUUUUACGGGGUGGUAAGGGCGCUGCAGCUCUCUCCUCUCGCUCCACCUGUUGUGUGGACUGAAGGACGGAAAACACACAGACAGUUUGUUAUUUAUCUCCUCAGAUGUUGCUGAGGUACUGAGCCAGUAUUAAUAGUGUUUUUUUGUUAAUUUUGUCCAUUAUUGAGUAAUGGUAUGAAAAGAUAAUGAAUGUUUUGUUUUGUAUGUCAGUGUGCAGCUGCCCUUGCUAUUCCUGUGUUAUACUACCUCGAUUACGAAUUUAUGUUAUUGUCUUAUUGUUUUCCUAAACUCAGGGAACAAAGUUUAGUACAUUUGAAAAGUCAUGUAGUGUUACAUGCUGAACUGACAGGGUAUCUUCUCAGUACUAAACUGUUGUAGUGUUUAAUUGCCUAAUAGAAUGAAUGUAUCUCGUAUUGUGCUGCCCUCCCCACAGAUGGAAACCCCCUCUGUAGUUUCUCCUCAGGUCCUAGAGCGUCUGUUCUUUACAACAGACUCUUUUGUUGAUUGACUUCUUCCUUUUUAUUCGUGUAAAGAUUCACACCAGAAGUGCUUGCAGCGGCGUGUCGGUUCAGAAAAGCUUUAUAAUUGGCCUUAAUGUGGGAAAGCGUCCCUCAGAUGUGGAAACCAAAGCCUAAUCUUUCUGAGGGAGCAGCUCCACGUGAGGAUGCAACACGUGAAGAAUGAUUGUAGUAAAAGCAAUGGAAGUGUUUAAUCAGAGAUGAAAGUGAAGAAUUGAAUGAACACCAUGAAACUAUAUUUUUGUUAGAAGAUAAUGUACUACUGAGUACACAUUGUAGUUACCUUUGUUCCAAGUAGUUUUGCUGUAGAGUAGAUAAAGAUUAGCACUUGUCUGCCAUGUAGUUUUGUAUUAUCGGCCAAUGUGCAGCGGUGACGGUGACGCUAUUACCCAAAGAGAUGUUUGCUGCCUGAGUUUAUUUUAGUCUCUCAACUAAUCUCUGGCAGAAGGUUACUGAGGAAUGUGAAAUAAUCAGAAACACGUUAGACCAAAGAUGAAACGCGGCCUUUGAGAUCAGUUGAGCUCCUCAAAUGAAGCCUUGCACGUUAGUGGCCUUGACCCGCGACACAAAGAGUGAAGAGAGUUGCGGGUUAAAACUCUGAGGAAGUGCCAGCAGGAUACACAGGCACUCAACGACGAUGGAGUGACAAUUAAUAAUCAAUUUUAUGCACACAAACCAAAUAAUCCUGUUGCAGAGUUCCUCGAAAACUGUUGCAAACAGAUAUCUGUACAUUGUAGGCGAAUAUUAUUAAAUACAGUAUAUUAUAUUGAGUAGUGUCUGUGUUGCAACAGUGCAGUCGUGUGUAAAUGUGCACCCGCUGACUUUUCAAACCUUUUUAUUUACACGAGGGACAUACGUAGAGUACUUUUUAAACAAGAAAUACAUGUGAAGUAUUUAAAUUUCAUGCCUUUAUAUAAGGGCUGCAACUAAUAAUUAUUUUUACUAUUGAAUAUUUUCUUGAUUAAUCGAUUAGUUGUUUGGUUUAUAAAAUGUCAGAAAAUGGUAAAGAAAUGUUGAUCAGUGUUUCCCAAA